AGGGAUUUCCCAAAAAAACACAAGAAAUUUAUACAUCUUUUCCUUCGGAUUUCUUGAAUAUAUAUUUUCUGGUUGAUAGAUAAAGUGGAGAAAAAUGCUAGAUACCUUGUGCAAAGUCAAAACCAUUGCGGGUGUACUUUCACUGUUAGGAAAUGUGAUCGUUGCUGACAUAUCUGACUCCCUUUCCCACUAUGAGACGAUGCAUAUCAAUGACGUGAACCAUCAGAUUGUGAAGAGGAGUCUGGAUGGACCGUGGCACAUGAAAAAGUUGGACUUUUCAACUCUGGGAAGGCAUUUCCGUGUCUACCUCCAGCCAGAUUCCCAUGUCUUGGCACAAGAUUUCAAAGCCUACGCUCGUAAGGGUGAUGGCACUAAGGAACAGUUUGGGAUAGAUCCGGGUAAUUUCUACAAGGGUCACGUGUCGGGGGAGACACAUUCCGAGGUGCACGCAUACUGGGAGGAUAACGCAAUAUCUGCCACCAUCAAAACACCCGAAGACACGUAUGUGAUUGAGCCAUCAUGGGGACAUCUACCUCAGUCUCCCAACUACACCAUGAUCACGUACAAAGGUUCAGACGUCAAAUCUUUGUUUGAUAAAAAUCAAACCAAUGGAUUCAAGAAGAAAUACUGCGAGUUUGUCCGGCCGCCAGGAUCGGCGGAGACGUCCUCCAAAUCUAACGACACCGGGACAGAAAAGGACGACGUACAUUCACGAGAGAAGCGAGCCUUUAUACCUCUGAAGAACACCUGCCCUCUAGGCCUAACGGCCGAUUAUCGAUUCUUUGAAAAUAUGGGGAAGAAAAAUUUAGUGCAUACUACAAAUUAUUUGAUUGGACUUAUAAGCCGCGUCGAUGCACUCUACCGUCGAGUGGAGUUUGAUGCGUCGUACAAAAACUUCGGUUUCGAAAUCAAGGAGAUCACAGUCCACACAGAACCCGAGAAGGUCGCUCCUGGAGACGUGCAUUAUAACAUGGAGAAGGCUUGGGAGACAAAGGAUUUAUUGAAGGCGUUCAGUAAGGGGGAACAGUACAAGACGUUCUGUCUUCAUCAUCUGUUUACGUUUUACGCCUUCGAGGGUGGCGUCCUGGGCCUGGCGUAUAUUGCCUCGCCGAGACGUUACAGCGUCGGUGGAAUCUGCUCAUCUUCAUAUUAUGAGGACGGCGAGACCUUCUCGCUCAACUCAGGUUGGAGCAGCGGCAAGAAUCGCUACGGCAACCGCAUCCUUACGUCGGAAGCCGAUCUGGUCAGCGCCCAUGAACUUGGUCACAACUGGGGCAGUGAACACGACCCGGAGGGAGACUGCUCCCCCUCAGCAUUCAAGGGCGGAAAAUACAUCAUGUUCCCGUACUCGGUGUCGGGAUAUGAAGCAAAUAACAAGCAUUUUUCGCCAUGCAGCAGAAGAAAUAUAGCCGCCGUCCUGAGGUCGAAAUCUAACCAGUGUUUUUCACAAUAUAUUCCGGGUAAAGCGUUCUGUGGUAACAACAAGAUAGAAACCGGAGAGGAAUGUGACGGAGGUAUCGCGGGCCAGCAAGAUCAAGAUCCUUGUUGUGAUAGCGAGUGUAAGCUCAGAAGUGGUGCCACCUGCAGUGAUUCCAAUCACGUCUGCUGCCAGAAUUGCAAACUUGCUCCGCGCGGUUUCAUCUGCAAUGAAGCAUCACCACUCGGAGAGGGCAUCACCUGUACUGGGAACGCCGAGUGCAAUGGGACGAGCGUGGAAUGUCCAGAGCCCAAUCCUAAGCCUGAUUAUACAAGAUGUGUGGAUUUCGGGUCUUGUUUCAAAGGGGUGUGUCGACCCUUUUGUAAGGUGAUAGGGCAAGGGUAUGAACCCUGCGCUUGUGAUACUGUUGAGCAGUCCUGCCAGAUCUGCUGUAUGCAAAAGAACACUAACGCCUCCUGUGCACCAAAAAUGAAUCGAGAAGGAAAAUAUAUGAAUCUGUCCAACGGUCGUCCGUGUGUCUUUGGAUACUGCGAAGAGGGUGUCUGUCGGGUGCAGGUUGAAGAUAUGAUACAACGUUUUUGGAAUAUCAUAGAAGAUUUAUCAAUAGACACUGUCGUGAAAUUCAUGCGAGAUAAUUUAGUUGGGACGAUCCUGGUUUUGUCCGUCAUCCUUUGGAUUCCUGCCAGUUGUGUAUUUAGUCAUUUUGAUAAAAAACGUCAGAAAGAAGAAGAGAAUAUAGUCGACUGGCACAGUGGAAAGAAUGCUGGCCUCAUCCCAGCUAGGGACAGAAACAAAAUCAGAAUCAGAAAUGUAACUAAUAAUGUCUAGUGAUUUUCUCGUGAAACAGUUUGUAGAUUAUCAAUUCGAUUUUGUCUGCUUAUGAUGCGUGUUUCCACUGGAUGUGUUUUGUGAUUUGUAUGUGAUUUGCACAGCAAUUGUGUGUGUUCAAUAAAACACUUGAUAAGAGCAGGUCUGUUAAUUUUUUGGAACACACUGUACAUUUAGCGCGUUGUCUUCUUUGGACAUCAACACAGGGAGCGCAGUGGCAUAAACUCUCAAAUGGCCUGAAAUGUCCUCGUGUGUGCUGGAUUAAGGCUGCCCUUGGUUCUUCAGAGAGGUUACUGGAUAGGCAGGGUAACGAUGUCUGCGAUUGUAAAGCGCUUUGAGACAGUAGACAAUACAGUGAAAAGCGCUUUAUAAGAACUCUCCAUAAAGACCUCAUCAAACUAUUGUUAGCCAGAUUCCAAUGUCUGGCAAUCACAAAACAAAUCGUAAACCGUAUCCAAUGGUAACAGGCUUUUAUUCUGUCUAGUGUUACACAGUUUUCAAGAUUUUAUCACAAGUUUUGCACAGGCUGGCUUCACUUGCAAAUUAAGCAACAGUUUUCACAAAAGUCACCAUUUUCCAAAAUUGUUCACAUUACUUAUAAAGUUUUGCCAACUUUUCAUAAAGUUUCUUGAGAAUUUUCUUGUAGUCCUCGUAGCUGUAGCUUCCUUUAGCCUCUUGCCUCAAAAAGACAAGCACUUUUCGUAAAAUCAAGAACAGGUUAGGUCGUGGACCCUUGAGACAUCCUGGGAUGGCUCGAGGAAGUUGUUUGUAUGCAACAGUCUGUCACAGCCUUCGUCUCUAUUCAUGGCGUUGCUGGCAUACAUGUAUCUAUCUGGUCUUUCAGAAAAUGUCGCCCUCCAACAUCCCUGGCUGCGUCUCUUUUCCACGUCACGAUAGAACAGCGCUCCAAUGUUCCGUAAUAUCCAACUGAAAUGUAGCAGUUGAACAAAAUGUCUUCUUUCAUGUGAAACUUCAAAGUCUGGCUUAUCUAAAAACACUUGCUUUGCCAAAAUUGGCCAUAUGCCUCACCAAGAUCAAGCAAAUUUAGGGAAUUUUUACAUAUUGCUCUGCGUGUUUACACUUUGCUAGGGCUUUUGAGACUCAAUCCAAUCCAAAUGCUUUUAAAAUCAUGCAGAUAUCAUCACAAAGCCUAAUUAUCACACUUCCUGUGACUGAUCUACCCUUUGCAAAGUAUUUUACGAAUUGCCAGACUCCAGCAGUUGCUAACGCCCGCUAUUUCUGAAGAGGCUCUCCCAAAAUAGCGAAGCUCGUCAGAUCUGAAGAGUAGCCACUAAAAUCAGCCCAAUCCAAGGAGUUUUCUUACUCUAAACACAAGUUUGAUUUCCUGAUAUCAUUACAUUUUUGAAAUUCGAAUCUUCAAAUGUCUCGCCUCU